UAUGCCGAACCAGAACAACAAGAUAUAGUACAAUCUUCCCAACAAAUUAUAUUCAACCAUAAAAACGAGUGCAAUGACUCUAGUAAUGAGGCGAAACAUAAUGAAGAAACAGAAGCUGAAAAUAAACAUCAAUGUUCUUAUUGUGGUAAAACAUUUAGUCGAUCUGAUGUUUUAGAGUGGCACUAUAAAUUUCACGAAAAAUAUAGAGCUCAUUCUCGUACUGUUUGUGGUAAAAUAUUCAAUCAAAAGAGUAAUUUGAAGGCUCAUAUUAAAACCCACACAGGCGAGAAGCCUUAUUCAUGCAAUAUUUGUGGUAAAAGCUUCACACAAAAUUCAAAUCUGAAGACUCACAUUAAUACACAUUCAGAAGAAAAGCCUUAUUGUUGUUCUGUUUGUGGUAAAGGUUUCAAUCAAAGGUCGUAUUUAAUAAACCAUUGUAAAAUACAUACAGAAGAAGGGCUUUAUUCUUGUAGUAUUUGCGGUGAAAGCUUUUCGUUUAAGCAUAAAUUAGAGGUCCAUUGUAAAACCCAUUCAGGCGAGAAACCUUAUUCUUGUAAUGCUAGCGGUAACAGCUUUUAUCAAAGUCAAAUGCGUACAAAAGAGAAGACUUAUUCGUGUGCUGUUUGUGGUAAUAGUUUCACUACAAGGUCAAAUUUGAAUGCUCAUAGUAAAACACAUACAGGAGAGACCCCAUAUUUGUGUAAUGUUUGUGGACAAAGUUUCACAUUAAAAAAAUAUUUACAAAAACAUAGUAAAAUACACUGCUGAGGAAAAAUGAUUCUUAUAUUUCGCUGCAAAUGCUCCAAGUUCUCUUAGGGAUGUUUGAACUUUAUAGGAUUCACAUGAGGAAAGAAUUUUGUUUUCAUUUACUUAUUUUCAACCGACUUCAAAAAAGGAGGAGGUUCUCAAUUCGUCGGUAAGUUCUUUUUUUAUGUUUGUUAUCUCAAAACUUUCGACUGGGUGAACCGAUUUUGAUAAUUCUCUUUUUAUUUGAAAGCUGGUGCUUCCCGUGUGGUCCCAUUGUAAUUUGGUCCAGAUCUGACAGUGGCAUCCAUGAGAAAACCAUAAAACUCUUAAAUUUGCUAUACAUACGUAUAGCAAAGUGGAUGAUAAAUUUACGAAUAACUCAAUAUCGCGUCAACCGAUUUCGACGAUUCUUUUUUUAUUAGAAUGGAUAUACUUCAAAGAUAGUUUGGUGCGAGUUAGGUGUGGUUCUGAUUACGGAAUCCAUGACAAGGUAACGGAACUCUUCAAUUCUUAGGAGCAAAUUAAAGAUACUCGGCCGAAACUUUUAUAUGCUAUCCGGGUAUUUAAGUCAUCUACCAUAACAUAGUUAUGAUCAAGUAAUUGUCGUAGUCGAAUAUGAUGAUCAAUGGGACUCCUUAACGGGAUCUGUGGCAGAAAUUCUGACUAUCUGCAAACAAUUUGUAAAGCACUUACGUUCAUUGCUGCAUUGAAAAAUUUAGUAUAUCUACACAUAU